UGACGUAACAGAACGCGCCUGUCGGGAGCGCGUAUUUCUCCGCAGUCAGUCGGAUAGUUAAACGUUCUGAUUUGAUUCGGUUCUAGAGAUUGUAGAUGAACGGAACCGACGUGUCGAUCUGGAUCUAAGAGGGUCAGUGACAACAGACGUACACAUUUUAUUCAUUAAAUUUCUGUAUGACAUCAGUCUGUGUCAUUGAGGAUAACAGAAGUACAUCUAUUUGUAAUGAGUCAGAUGGUUUCAUACAGCGAAUGUUUCAUUAUGACCAGAUGAAUAUAAUGUCCUGAUCUGAGUAUUUGCUGACUAGACGAAAAACAGGUUCAUGAAACAAGCUGAAAAAUUCACAGCUCCCUCAGUACAUCAAUAAGUGUACUAUUCAUCCAUAUGAUCAGCAUCCAUAUCAAUUAAAACCAAUAUUCACUGGAUCAAUCAUUAUUAAUAUUGACCUGAUAGCAGACUCUUGUAGUUUGUUCAAAUCAUAGAAGCGUUCACACAUAGAUUUAUCAAAACCCUUCUCUGCUUCACUGUACCGUCUCCAUGGCGACGUGUCAGCCAGCAUCCUCAGCUGAUAGUUGACAGGUCAUCAUCGCUGUAGGACCCUUUAAACCACCACGCUGGCGGACCCUCAGCAGCAGCCUGUGGUGCGGGAGACCAUGGCAUCGUCCGUGCGCUUCACGGUGACGCCCACUAAAGCCGAGGAUCUCCCGGGCGCGUCCGACACAUCCCCGGACCUCAGCUCGCGCUCCAGUGGAAAGGUUCGGUUCGGCUCCAGAGAAAGCGUGUACCGCAGUGAACCCUACAGCGAAGCAUCCGGAGGACUCACGACGUACGCGGGGGCUGACUCGCCGGACCCCAGCAGUGUGGAACAUGGUGAUGUAAAGCUGUCCAGUGCUUACAUCAAUAACUCUCAUAGUGCGGAUGAUGAUGAUUUCUACGACAAGAAUUUGGCUCUCUUUGAGGAAGAGAUGGACACUCGGCCCAAAGUGUCGUCUCUGCUUAGUCGUCUGGCGAAUUACACAAACCUGACACAAGGUGCUAAAGAGCACGAGGAGGCAGAGAUCAUAGGCGGGAAACGCAAACCCAGCAAGUCUCCUCAGAUGGGCACGUUUAUGGGCGUUUAUCUGCCGUGUCUUCAGAACAUCUUUGGAGUGAUUCUCUUCCUCAGAUUGACGUGGGUCGUCGGUACGGCUGGAAUCCUGCAAGCUUUGUUUAUCGUCUUCACGUGCUGCUGUUGUACACUGUUAACUGCGAUAUCUAUGAGUGCCAUAGCUACUAAUGGAGUUGUGCCAGCGGGAGGGUCGUAUUUUAUGAUCUCCCGUUCUCUGGGUCCGGAGUUUGGGGGGGCCGUGGGUUCAUGUUUCUAUUUGGGUACGACCUUUGCUGGGUCCAUGUACAUCCUCGGUGCCAUCGAGAUUUUACUGAUGUACAUCGUUCCUAAGGCCGCCAUCUUUGUUUCGAGCAACCCAGAUGACGAGGCGGCGGCCAUGUUGAAUAACAUGCGUGUGUACGGUUCGAUCUUCUUAGUGCUGAUGUCACUGCUGGUGUUUGUGGGAGUCAAAUAUGUCAAUAAGCUGGCGUCUCUUUUUCUGGCGUGUGUUAUCAUUUCCAUUCUGUCCAUCUACACUGGAGCGCUGGUGUCUGCCUUUAGCCCACCAGAUUUCCCUGUUUGUAUGUUGGGGAAUCGAAGCAUCUCUCAGCACGUGAUUAAUGACAACCGGUGUGCCAAGACCAUGCUGAUACAUCGAGCUCCAGCGUUUAACAUCUCUACCAAUGACACCAUGAACGGCACAGAGACUCAAACCGUUCCCCCGUUCACCGUGGAGAAGGCGACAGAUCUGUGGAAACAUUUCUGUAACAGCUCAGACAUAAACACAGUCUGUAAUAAUGAAUAUUUUGUCCAAAAUAACUUCACACAGAUACAGGGAAUCCCUGGACUCGCCAGCGGCGUGAUCACAGAGAAUAUAUGGAGUUCAUACUCCAGUAAAGGUGAUGUUUUGGAGCGUGGCCCUCAUCCCUCCGCCCACAGACCCACGGUGUCCAAUCACUAUUCUUAUGUGUUCGCUGACAUCACAACAUCCUUUACGCUGUUGAUUGGAAUUUUCUUUCCAUCUGUGACCGGGAUCAUGGCCGGCUCUAACAGAUCUGGAGAUUUGAAGGAUGCUCAGCGGUCGAUUCCUAUCGGGACGAUUCUCGCCAUUCUCACCACGUCUCUCGUCUACCUCAGCUGUGUGCUGUUAUUUGGAGCCUGUAUUGAAGGAGUUGUGCUUCGGGAUAAGUUUGGCGAUUCUGUAAAAGGAAAUCUGGUGGUGGGGACGCUGUCGUGGCCGUCGCCGUGGGUGAUCGUGAUCGGCUCUUUCUUCUCCACGUGUGGCGCCGGUCUUCAGUCACUGACAGGAGCUCCACGUCUGCUGCAGGCCAUCGCUAAAGACAACAUCAUUCCUUUCCUGCGGGUGUUCGGUCACGGUAAAGCCAAUGGAGAGCCGACCUGGGCUCUGUUACUCACAGCUGUACUGGCUGAACUGGGAAUUCUCAUCGCUUCGUUGGAUUUGGUCGCUCCGAUACUCUCCAUGUUUUUCUUGAUGUGUUACCUGUUUGUGAAUUUGGCCUGUGCACUGCAGACGCUCCUCAGAACUCCAAACUGGAGACCUCGGUUUUCAUAUUACCACUGGACGUUGUCAUUUUUAGGAAUGAUUAUCUGUCUGGCUCUUAUGUUCAUAUCAUCGUGGUACUAUGCUAUCGUUGCCAUGGUGAUUGCCGGAAUGAUCUACAAGUACAUCGAGUAUCAUGGAGCAGAGAAGGAGUGGGGUGAUGGCAUCAGAGGUCUCUCUCUUAGUGCGGCCCGAUUCGCUCUGCUGAGACUGGAGGAAGGACCACCACACACAAAAAACUGGAGGCCUCAGCUGCUGGUUCUUCUGAAGCUGGACGAGGACGCUCAUGUUAAAUCUCCACGCUUGUUGACGUUUGCCUGUCAGCUGAAAGCGGGAAAAGGUUUAACCAUUGUGGGAACGGUCAUACCGGGAAACUUCCUGCAGACGUAUGGCGAGGCUCUCGCUGCUGAGCAGACUUUGAGGCAUUUAAUGGAGAAGGAGCGUGUAAAGGGUUUUGUUCAGUGCAUCGUGGCACAGAAGCCUCGUGAGGGCAUCAGUCACAUGAUUCAGUCCAGUGGUUUGGGUGGCAUGCGUCACAACACUGUGGUCAUGGGCUGGCCACAGGCCUGGAGACAAAGUGAAGAUCCACAGAGCUGGAAAACCUUUAUCAAUACGGUACGAGUCACUACGACGGCCCAUUUGGCUCUGUUGGUACCCAAAAACAUCUCGCUGUUUCCAAGCAACAAUGAGGUGUUUACGGAGGGUUACAUUGACGUGUGGUGGAUCGUCCAUGAUGGUGGCAUGCUAAUGCUGUUGCCCUUCUUGCUCAAACAACACAAGGUCUGGCGUAAGUGUAGCAUGCGUAUCUUCACGGUGGCUCAAAUGGAGGACAACUCGAUUCAAAUGAAGAAGGACCUGGCCACUUUCCUCUAUCAUCUGCGUAUAGAUGCUGAAGUGGAGGUGGUUGAGAUGCAUGACAGUGAUAUCAGUGCAUACACAUAUGAGAGGACACUGAUGAUGGAACAAAGAUCUCAAAUGCUUCGUCAGAUGCGUCUGUCCAAAUCAGACCGUGAGAAAGAGGCACAACUGGUUAAAGACAGGAACUCAAUGCUUCGACUGACCAGCAUCGGCUCGGAUGAUGACGAUGAAACCGACGGAGCCGAGAAGAGCACAGAACACCGGCGCGUUCACAUGACCUGGACUAAAGAGAAAGCUCUUCAGAUGAUAACCAACACACAAACCAACGCUGCUUCAUGCUGCAGCACGCCGGAGGGCUUUAGAGACAUGCUGAACAUUCGACCAGAUCAUUCAAACGUUCGGCGCAUGCACACAGCUGUUAAACUCAAUGAGGUUAUCGUCAAUAAAUCCCACGAUGCUCGGCUGGUCCUCCUCAACAUGCCCGGACCGCCCAGGAACCCGGAAGGAGAUGAGAACUAUAUGGAGUUUCUGGAAGUCCUAACUGAGGGGCUGGAACGCGUCCUAUUGGUCAGGGGUGGAGGAAGUGAGGUCAUCACCAUUUACUCCUGAUAUCCAGUGAGAUCCGCUGACAUAUAAGAGUAUUAAAAAGGGAGUGGCCAAUUACAUUUUCUUUUCUUUAUGGUUGACUCAUGUUUUUAUGAUUAUCAUUGACUGUCUACAGCUAGUCUGUUCUUUUAGGUUAGUUUGUGAAAUCUACCACUCUGACCAAAAGCAGUGUUUGAUUUUCAAUAUUUGGCAAUAUGUGUGUUAGUAUAUAUGAGCACUUAUGUUCUUGUGUGUCAUGAAUGUAGAAGUGUGACGGUCAUGAUGUCACACGUGUAUGUGAUGAACUGGACCAGCGGUUAGCACAGCGAUGGAUUACAGCGCUGGUGUGUUGCACAGACUGACUCAGGGCUAAAGGACUGUUUGUAAUGCAGGACCUUUGUGUGUGUGUGUGUGUGCGUGCGUGCGUGCGUGUGUGUGUGUGUGUUUACAGAACAGUGCUGUUUAAGGUUGAAUAGUGUGUUAAGAGGAUUAGUUCACUCCAAAAUUAACAUUUAAUGAAUCUUAUGCCACUCCAGAUUAAACUCUGAUCCUUGCAUAUCAACGCUUUGUAUGAGAAAGACAUAAUGUCAUUAUUCACUGUAACUUUGCAUAAUUUUUUUUGUUUUUUUUCAUCAUUUUUCUCAUAAGAUUUGAAAUCUAGUUGAUGAAUCAUUGGGAUGAUGUUUGUAGUGUAUGGCAAUUGAGGUCAUUGUUCAAUAAUAACCUGACUGAUAAUAUCAAUAACAAACUUCAUGUCUGAGCUCAUUGACAAUAAGUGACAUUGAUUCUUGCAGUGCACAUGAAGAUUAUAUUGUGUUUCACAGAAAGAUGAACUAAUACUGGAAUGACACGAGGAAAUGUUUCUUUAAAUGAUGUUGCUUGCGCGUAUGUGUGUGUAUGCGAUUCAUCUUGUUUCAUAUACUGUACUGUAUGUUCUGCAUGAAGAAUUUGAUUGUAAAUCAGCGGGGUCUGAUAAUAUCAUAGCAAUACAUUUAAAGGCUGUGUUACGUUCAGUCUGUUUAAGACCAAUAAUUCAUUGCUCUGAUGUGUUUAAUUGUUUUUCUCUGCAGUGCUCCUCCUUUCUCAAACGAUUGUAGUUUUAGGCUUUGCCUUGUUUAUAUGAGUUCUAAGUCAAAUGUAGUGGAGGAUAUAAUGUUUUAUUUUUAGCACAAAUUGCUUGUAUGUCUAUGUGCAGGGAUUGCUGUUCAUUUCCUAAAAACAAUUUGUUUUCAUGUUGGACAUCUCAAGUGUCAUCUGCUGUUUUUAUCACAAAUAAAACGAAGGUAAAUCUCGUUUAAA